AUGCGUCAGAACAAGAAGGUCAUGCGGUCGCGGGCAGAAGCCGAGCCUGUGUAUGAAGAGGCGCUGCCGAUGAUGGCGCCUGUCUCCAAGUACGAUGCCGUGUUUCAGCAGCCGCACACAGUGACGGCUCUUGCGGCGGCGCUGGCAGCGGUGGCAUGGGUCGGCUUCCAGUCGGAGCAGUGGGGCCUCUCCUCGCCCAAGCUCGGUCUACUUGCUGCGGCCUUUGUCUUUCUCGUCUUUUCCAUGCUCAACUUCUCCAACGGCCCCUUCAUCCGCCCGCAUCCUGCAGUCUGGCGUAUCGUGCUCGGCAUCUCGGUCCUGUACGUCCUCGCCCUGACGUAUCUCCUGUUCCAGUCCAAGGCCGACGCCCGGGCCCUGAUGGCGCAUCUUGACCCUGUGCUUGGCGUUCCACUGCCGGAGCGAUCGUAUGGCGAUGACUGCCGGCUCUUCACCCCAGACCACCCGACGAGCUACAUGGCGAACCUGAUGGACGCGCUCUUUGACGAGUUUGUCAUUGCCCACGCCCUCGGCUGGAUGGCCAAGAUGCUCAUGCUCCGCGACUUUACCCUCUGCUGGGUCCUCUCCAUCUUCUUUGAGAUUCUCGAGUACUCGUUCGAGCACAUGCUGCCCAACUUUGGCGAGUGCUGGUGGGACCACUUUAUCCUCGACGUGCUGGUGUGCAACCUUCUGGGCAUGGUUGUCGGCUUCUGGCUUGUGCGCUACCUCGAGAUGAAGGAGUACAACUGGACAGGCAUCGGCGCUAUCCCGUCGGUGCAGGGCAAGAUGCAGCGCGCUGCCCUCCAGUUUACGCCCGAGCGGUGGACCGUCUACCGCUGGGAAGCCUUUUCCUCGCUCAAGCGCUUCUCCUACGUCAUUGUCGUCAUCAUCUUUAUCGAGGUCAACGAGCUCUGCGCUUUCUUCCUCAAGACCCUGCUGUGGAUCCCGCCGCCGCAUCCGAUCAACCCGCUGCGGCUCUUUGUCUGGUGGCUCAUUGCCCUCCCUGCGCUCCGCGAGUUCUACGAGUUUGUCACCAACCCCAAGUGCAAGCGGUUUGGCGCCCAGCUCUGGGUCGCCGCCGCCGGCAUCCUCCUCGAGCUUCUCCUCGUCAUCAAGUUUGGCCAGGGCGAGUUCACCGUUCCGCCGUCGCCGAUCAUCGUGUACGGCUGGUCCGCCUUUGGCCUCUUCUUUGUCGGCUUUGUCAUCUACAAGUUCUUCCUCUUCCCAUCGCCGUCGCCCGUCAACCACCCCAAGGUCGAUUAGAUGUAGCAGCCCCCCUCCCUCCCUCC